AUGGCAUCCAAUGAAGUCUUGCUCAAUGGUUGGACCGCUGUCCCUGUUGAUGCUGGCCGGCUUUUCAAUGGCAGCACUUACAAGAAUGCACCAACUGCAUUGAAGAUUGAUGACAUCAAGUUUCCUUCUGAUGAUCCUAUUGUUGUCAAGGUGCAGGAGUAUGCCAAAGAAAAACUACCUCUCGAAACAUAUAAUCACUCCAUGCGAGUGUACUACUAUGCAACUGCAAUCAUUCGUCAACAAUUCCCCGAACAUGUAGACACCUUCUCUCCAUCGACACUUGCCAUGACUGCCCUGCUUCACGACAUUGGCACCGCUGAAGAGAACAUCGCUGCCACCCGCAUGUCUUUCGAGUUCUACGGUGGUUUCAAAGCCCUCAAUGUCUUGAGAGACUUUGGGUCUACCCAAGACCAGGCCGAUGCAGUCUGCGAGGCCAUCAUCCGUCACCAAGACCUUGGCGCGGAUGGUAACAUUACGUUUUUGGGACAAGUCAUUCAACUGGCGACCAUAUUUGACAAUGUCAGCGACCAUCCUCACUUGCCAAAUAUCAAGGACCUAGUGCAUGUUGAAACGCGAGAGGAUGCUAUUAAUGUCUUCCCAAGAACAGGGUGGCUUGGUUGCUUUGCAAAGACGGUGCAGAAGGAGAUUGGGUUGAAGCCGUGGUGCCACACUACCCACAUUCCGGACUUUGAUGACAAGAUUCUGGGGAAUAAGUUGAUGAGACAGUACGAGUAA